AUGAAAGUUGUUUCGAAACAAUUAUUUACACCAUCAAAUGAAAUUUAUGAAACAAGAAACGUUUCUACCAGCGUUGUUAAGAUAUCUUUCAAAGAUAUCUGUUUGUUUGCUUGUUUGGAAAAUAAUCAAAUGCAAAUCAGCUUCUACAAUAACCAAACUCAAGAAACGGCUGCUAUUUUCGUCCUUAAAAUAACAGAAAUUUUCAACACAAAUGCAAAUGCUUUCAAUUAA